UUUGUAUUUACAUUGCACAAAAAUACAUUCUGAAUUGAGUAAUUGGAGUAGCUAGCUGCCUCAAUGCUGGAGACGAGGAUGAACGAGGUGUGUCGGAUCUGCUCACGGGACCUGUGCGGGAACCAGCGGAGGUGGAUCUUUCACCCGGCCUCAAAACUCAACUUGCAGGUGCUGCUGUCCCACGUACUGGGCCGGGAGUUGAGCCGCGACGGCAAGGGCGAGUUUGCCUGCAGCAAGUGUACCUUCAUGCUAGAGCGCAUGUACCGCUUUGACACUGUCAUUGCACGCAUUGAGGCGCUGUCCAUUGAAAGGCUACAGAAACUGCUGCAGGAAAAGCACAGGCUCAGGCAUUGUGUCGCCAGCCUGUACCGAAAGAACAACAGCGAUGAGCAGGGCCAAGAGAAGGCUGUUGUCUGCAGUGUGGACAUCUCCAGCUUGCCUGACGUGAAGUACAGCGCCUUGCUCCAGGAGGACUUUGUUUAUUCAAGGUACGAGUCCUGGGCUGAACAUGAGGAGCAAACUGUCGAACCCCACAUCCACUGCAAAAUCUCUGAGAUCUCUCUUCACAAAUCGAGGAAGUGCCGAGGCUGUGCGGCACUGCGGGUGGCAGAUGCAGACUAUGAAGCUGUGUGCAAGGUACCCAGAAAGCUGUCCAGGAGCAUUUCAUGUGGACCUUCUACACGAUACUCAGCUAGCAUGCUAGGCAGUGUCUGCAGCGAGGACCCGAUGACUAUGACCCCCAUGCCUGAGUCAGCGAUAGCAUCUUUGCCAAGCGAUAAAACUCUGGAAAACACAGAUCUUUUGGAGAAGAUGAGCCCUACUUCCUCUGUGGAAUCUUUGGACACUGCUGUUGAAAUGGACAGCUCUACCAGGAAAGAGGAAGAAACUGACAGGAAGCUGAAGGAGGACCAGAAGUCUGAUUCCUGGUCUGAGGAACAUCUGGCCCAAUGCACCUCAACUGCGCACACCAACAAGCUGGAUCUAGCUCUGAUGCUCGUGAAAACGUUUGAAUACAGGCCCAUCCACAGCCCUCAAGGGAGCAAGCUGCCCGUGCUGAUCAAAUCUCCAGGCUGUAACUGCAAGCUGGUCUUCUCAGACACGACCCCCCGAAAUCCUCACAACAGUAUGUGCGAGUUCGCUUCAAGGUUUCAGGAGCUGGUGCCCCCCCAAGCCCAGCAGGAGCUCCAGUUGGAGCUGGCAGACCUUAAGGAGCUUUGGGAGGAUGUCUAUGUGGAGUAUCUGCCCUUCCGCUGUCAGAAUCUGAUCGAGGAGCAGCAGAGCCAGCUGAACCAGUACGAGUGUGCGGCCGGGCAGUGUGUCAGCGAGCUACAGAAAGCGCAGCUGCAGGUGCAGUCCCUGCAAACAAAGAUCCAAGAGUCAGAGGCCAGAAACGAGAUGCUGCACGAGAAGCUGAUGGAGAUGGAGUGUGAGCUCCGUGCUGUCAGACAGGCAGCCCAGAAACAAGAGCGAACCAUCCAGGGGCUGAAUGAGACUGUAAGCAGCAAGGACUCUGAGGCUGAAGAACUUUACAGUGUCAUCGAAGGUCAGAAUGAGACCCUGUGUAAACUGCGAGUGAUGGCUCACCGGAACCAGCUUGAGCAGCUGCAGGUUUCAGAGGGGGAGCUGGAUCCUGCUCAGCUCCCACAGCUCCAGGCUGAGCUCCUGACCCUCCAGAGCUCGCUCUUCUCCACCCAGCUGGAGCUGCAGAGCGUGCAGCGAGCUCACAGACAGUGCGAGCGCAAGGCUGCGGACCAGACCCGUGCCCAGGACCGCCUGCACAGUGACCUGCAGGAGGUGCUACAGCAGAGAGAGGUCACAGCUCAGCACAACCAGGAGCUACGCAGUGCUCUGCAGAAGACUCGAGGUGAGCUCCAGGAGAAGGAGCAGCUCCUGAAGGAGAGGGAGAGCGAGAAGCAGAUGGAGAUUCAGGUUCUGGAGACCAGCAUCCAGCGGCUGAGCCUUGCCCUCAAGGACAAGGAGCAGCUUGUGCAGGAGAACAUGGAACUCCCGGACCAUCAGCAGGACUCGGUACAGAGCAGCGAGAGUCGGGACGCCCUGCUGGACAAACUGAGAGAGCGCAUCAAGAACCGGGACAGAGCACUGGAGCAAGCAAUUGAUGAGAAAUUUCGCACCCUGGAGGAAAAAGAGAGUGAGGUGCGUCAGCUGCAGCUCGCCCUGCGAGAGAAAGAGAGAGACCAGGACAGGCUUCGCUGCAUCCUGUCCAACAACGAGGAGACUAUCAACAGUCUGGAUGGGUUGAUUAAGGUGAAGGACCUGGAGCUGGAGCAGACCUCGCUGGCCUGCCAGAAUCAGCAGUGGCUCAGACAAGAAGCUGAGGAGAAAUACGGUCACUGCCUGAGGGAGAGAGACAGCAUUAUUACCCAGCUGCAGACCUCACUACAGAGCUGCACCAAGGAGGCUGAGGAGUUAACCACAGUGUUGUUAAACAAGAUUACUGUGGGAGCGAGUGAGAUGACAGAUGAGCUCAAGCUCCUCCUCCAACUGAAAGAGCGGAUGUUCCAGGAGGUGCUGGCGGACCGAAACCGUCAGGCCACUGAGCAUGAGCGCGAUAUCGAGAGGCUGCUGCAGACCAUCGCCGCCAGAGAGCAGCAGAUCACAGAGACAUCACAGAGGCUGAGCCAGGUGAUUGGGGAGCGGGCUGGAGAGCUGCAGGAGCUGAGGAAACAGCUGUCUGAGAGGGAGCGUGAAGUGUGUGAGCUCUCCAGGCAGAGAGAGGAGCCUGCCUGGGCUCCCCUCAAUGAGAUCAGCUGCCUCAAACGCCUGCUGCAGGAAAAGGAGGCUUUCAUCGAGGAGCUGAUGCAAAGUAACCCACUCAGCCAAGAGGAGCCCAUGAUCACUUCCAAACCCAGCGAGACAGGGACAGCCAGCAGAGGAGAGGAGGGGGAGGACCAAGAAAUAGUGGCGAUGAAGGAGGAGCUGAGACUGGUCAUGAGGAAAGAACAGGAGUCCCAGCUGGACCUCGCUGCUCUGCAGUCUGCCCUGGCCAAACAGAAGGAGGAGAUGCAGAUCCAAGCUGCAGAUAUCGAAUCCCUUACCAGAAAUGUGCAGAUCAAGGAAGAGCUCAUAAAGGAUCUGCAGAGACAGCUGGUGGAGCCCACUGGGCUGCCAGUGGUCGAGCGACUGACCCAAGAGCUUCAGGAGCUAAGAGAAACCAUUGUACUCCUUGAGACCCCGGCACAGCAGGACAUUGAAACCACAGACCACCAGAGUGUGCUGGAGGUGCUACUGUCAGAACACAGCAGACUGAAUGAAGCUCUGAAGGCAGAGAGACAACUCUACAGCAGCCUGGUACAACUCCACACUAACACAGACAGCUCUGAGAACGUCCAAGCUCUGCAGAUGGAGCUGGAUGCGGUUCAGGAACUCCGAGGACAACUGGAAGAGGCCCUGGCGAGGACCCGAGAUGGCGCUCAGCGUCUGGAGAGGGCUGCCAGGAUGCAGUCUGAUUUUGGAGAUCUUAGCUCAGCAGAAGAGGUGGAGGAGGAUGAGGAUGAUGAUGAUGAUGGCAGUACUGACUACACAGACAGCAUUGAAGAGAAAGAGAACUCAAAACUGACAGCCCUGUCCCUGUCCACCAGCCAGAAUGUGGCAACCCGUGAGCAGACAGAGCUGGCAGGAGGUUCGGGUUCGAGUACCAGCGUAUCACAGGUGGACAAGGAGUGUCUGUUGGAGAUGAGGUCUGAGAUUCAGCAGCUGAUGGAGCAAAAGAAGGCAGCCGAGAGCGAACUGAGACAACUGAAGACACAGCUGGAGAACACCGGCUAUGCCUCCCUCUCUCAGAUGAGGAACGCGCUGCAGAGUCUGCGGCUGGAGAACGAUGAGCUGAAGAGUCUGGCAGGACACGUGAAGUUGGGAUGGUGGCAGAAGGGUGAGGCCGGGAGGCUGAGCGAGAAGGGCCUGAGGCAGGAAGUGGGGAGACUGAAGGGCAGGCUGGGGAGCACGGAGACCGUUGUGGGACUGCUGAAGGAGCAGCUGCAGCUAAACUGCCAGGCCUGUGGGAAGGAUGGGGUCUUCAACCCAGAGCUGAUAGUGAACAUGGCCCACGAGAUCGAGUGGCUGCGGGAAGAGCUGGGCUUGGCGCAGGGGAAGCGCUCAGCUCUGGAAGUGCAGCUCAGAGAGGGAAGUGGGAAGAGGAAGCGUAGUACGAGACCUCACUCCCUGGACCUGGGGGCUCUGCUGUCUCAGCCCACCAAAGAAUCCUCUCUACAGGCGGGGUUGCAGUUGGAUUCAGAACGGUUCUGGGAGCACGUGGAGGCGAGUGUUCGUGAGCAGUCCCAGCAGCUCUGCUCCGAGCUGGCCUUGAGUCGCCAGGAGAGCCACGAGCUGCAGAACAGGCUCAAGGUGUCCGAGGCCACAUUGCAGGCCCAGUCCGACCAGCUCAAGCAUUACCACAUCCUGCUCACUGAGGUGUCGGUGAAACAGGAGAGUAAGCAGGUGCAGGUGGACCUGCAGGACCUGGGCUACGAGACUUGUGGCAGGAGUGAGACCGAGGCUGACAGAGAGGAGGCGAGCAGCCCAGAAUAUGACGAUCUGGAUGUGCAGGGAGACCUGUACAGUGAUGCCAGCCUGAUGGACGAGGCCCGCGCCACCCCGCUCCCUCUCAAGUCCAGUCUGAAGGUGAGGCUGUGGCCAGAGGAGCAGCCAGUGAAGUGUGAGGAUGUGCCGGCUCUCCAGCAGCAUAUCCAGGACCUGCGCGCCCAGCUGCACCGAUCCGAGAAGGUGAUCCGCAACCUCCAGACCCGCAUCCGCUCCUUCUCCACCACCAGUGACUAUGCCUCCAGCCUGGAGCGACCCCACAAGGUAGCCUGGAGAUUCGAGGCCUCGCCUGCUCACAGCUGCCUGGAGGACGACGAGGGCUGGCAGUCCGACGGGGUGGCCAUCCCAGCUGCUCAGCCCAACAAGGAGCUCCAGGAGCUAGUGUCUCGUGUGGCCUCCCUGGAGACUCGGCUCAAGGCCUCCAGGCUCGAAGGCAAGGCAGCGGCUGAAGAUCUCAAGUCUGCCACCUGGCCGAGGAAAUACGACUCUCUGAUCCAGGCUCAGGCCCGAGAGCUCUCCCACCUCCGUCAGAAGAUGCGUGAGGGCCGGGGUGUCUGCCACAUCCUGACCCAGCACCUCGGCGACACCACCAAGUCCUUCGAGGAGCUGCUUCGCGCCAACGACAUCGACUACUACAUGGGCCAGAGCUUCCGCGAGCAGCUGGCACAGGACACCUCGCUGGCAGAGCGCGUCGGCAGCAAACUCAGCGGCCGAGAUCGAUCAGAAGUUGAUGACAAGACAGGACAUGAGCUGCUGGCUCUGAGGCUAAGCAGGGAGCUCCAGCAGAAGGAUAAGAUCAUUGAGUCACUCCGUGCCAAGCUCCAGCAACGCCCAGACACACCCUCAAGCAGCCACGCCCUUUCUGACUCGGACAGAACCUCCUUCGUGUCAGAUGAUCAUGCUUCCGCCAAUGAUGACCUGGAGCUCUGCUCUGAUGUGGACACUGCCAGCGAGUACACACAGGAGGAGCAUGGGGGCACCAUGAGCCCCGAACAGGCCAGCACAGAUUCUCACAGUCAUGGUGGCGCUCCGACACAACACCCAUCAGUCCCAUCACCCACCACUGCAUCCCAUGGGACUCAGUCCAACAACAAUACAAAAAUUCCAUGCUCACAACAUAAUCCCACGGAGUCCAGCCCGGCACAGAAAGACCUCUAUUCUGGCCCUCUGUCCAGUGCUGUUACUUUCCCUCAGACCCACUACUGCCCUGACCCCUCCAGUCAGUUUAGUUCCCUACCCUUUGACCCCCGACCUCCAUUCCUUGACCCCAGUUUCAGUGGCGUGUCACCGUUCUCCAUAGCGGAAGUGCACCAGGAGCUUCAGAUGCUGCAAAGGCAGCUGGGAGAAACCGCAGGGUUUGCUGUUCCUAAUGCCAAACCGCUGUCCCACACGGCCAACUUCUCCUUGACUGGCCACUCACAACCCCAAGCCUCCAGCUGUACCCCACUGUCCCAUCAUCCAUUUCACCAGGCCUCUCCUGGCAACAGCACUCUGAAGGGAGCUGAGACAGGCUUGCUUGACAGCAGUGCAGUCUGGGAUAUGAGCCACCUUGUCAGGCCCAUGGGAACCAAUACUUAUGGGGAUGUGUCAUUAGGAUCAUCCGGGUAUCAGUCCAGCACCAGCCACACAGGCACAAGUCUGAUUGAAGAGCACCUGGGAGAGAUCCGUGGUCUACGCCAGCGUUUGGAGGACUCGAUCCGCACCAAUGAACGCCUGAGACAGCAGCUGGAGGAGAGGCUAGCGCUGGCUGGGAGAGACAGCGGGCCUCCUACAAACAUCUACAUCCAGGGACUUGAGUCAGUUAGCCAGCUGUCCAAUGAGAACCAAGUCUUGAGGGAGGAAAUUCUAGGUCUUCAGGCCCGGCUAAAGCAGGCCAGCAGAGAGAGCUGUGCGGAAAUGGAGCAGCUGCGGGAUGCUGUGCUUUCACUCAGGGGGCGAGUGAAGCAUGCUGAGCUGGAGGCAGAGCAGGGGAGAGAAGAGAGCAGGAGGCUGCAGGCGCAGAGCUGUGAACAGCAGCAAGAGAUCCAUCAGCUCCGAAAGGAAAGGCAGGCUGCUCAGGACCGGAACAACAGGCUGCAGCAUGAGAUGAACCUUCUGCAGCAGCAACUUACUGAUAAUCGACAGCUGCUCCACUCGCUCCAGUCUGAACUCCACGUGUACGAGAGAGUCUAUGGAAGUGCCAGGCCGUCUCUCUCAGGGUAUAGCGGGGAUGGGAAAUAUCACAGCCUGCCCUCCUCCUUGGAGCGGAGUGAGCUGCUGUUGGAGGUACAGAGCCUGCGGGUCCAGCUGGAGCAGAGUAUCCAGGAGAACAGCUCCCUCAGACAACAACUGGAGCAGCAGCUGGUCAGGAGCUCCGUGAAGAUCGACAACCGCCCCUCCAGCAUCAACAUCUCUACACCCAGAGAGACAGGCUGCAGGAGGCAGCUCUUCCAGGAUUCAGUGCCAUCUCCGCCAGUCCGAGAUACAGACUCGUUUAACUCAAUUUCUCCAUUCUCCAUGUUCUCAAAAUAUACUGACCUUGGUGUGGAAGAUCCUGAAAUCGCAGCAAAUCAGGAUAACUUGAAGCCAAGGUCUGUGCUAGAAGGGGAUGCCCCAGAUGGUUCAUUUGCCAGUAAGAAUGGGCGACACAUCAUUGGGCACGUGGAUGACUUCAGCGCCCUGCAACAGCAGAUCCUGGAGGGGAAGGUGCUGGUGCAGAGGAUGGAGGCCGUGCUGCAGCCCUCUCUCAGUGCUGCCUUCCUGGAGAACAGUUCCAACAAGGCUCCGGAUUACAGCUCUGUAAAGAAGCUCCUCUCCAACACUAAGACCCUGCGGCAGAUCCUGGAGGAAGCAGCCUCUCUUCUCAGGAUGUUCUGGAGGGCGGCUCUGCCUAAUGCCGAGAGCUGCGUUCAGCAUGUCAAAAAAGCACAGUCCAUGAAAGAAGAGAUCCAGGUGUUGAGGAACAAAAUCAUAGAGCAAGAGGAUCUGCUACAGAACACUGUUGAGAGGCUGAGGAGCACGAACCGCAGCAAGGAGAGCAUGGAGCACUUCAUAGUCAGCCAGUUAUCAAGAACACGUGAUGUGUUGAAGAAAGCAAAAAACAAUUUAGAGUAUGUCCAGAAGAAUGAGUACAAGAUUUCCUCUCUAAACUCCUCCCCCUGCCCUGGUAAAGUUAAAAUGGAAAGAGGCCACUCCGAGCAUCCCACUGAGUGGGAUUGUGUGAGCCCUUGCUGCCACGAGCCAUCAAGGAAGAAAUCCAGGCACCGGAUCACCAAAAAGCGGGAGAGGAGCGAGCAGUGCUUGCUUAAAGUAGUAACAUAUUAACACCUCCCAGACUUCAGGUCUCCCAUCAUCCAGCUCUCUCGAUCUGUAUUCAUUUCCUAUUCAAUGUGGCAGAGCUGGAAAGCUUGGGACAGCCCUCUUGAUAACUAGAGACUGCUUACAUAUUUAAUUUCUUUCAUGAGGAUCUGAAUGAAGGUUUUUUUUUUUUUUUUUUUUUUUUUUUUAAUACCUUACAUGAAAAACAGAAGCGCAAGAUGACUUGAGUUAUAUCUCCUUCAAGGGAAUGUGUGCGUCCUGACUGGUGUACACUUCCAUUUUCGCAGUCUGUGGAUGGUUAGUUUCAAUGCAUGUUGUAAUCAACUGAUGAAAAAACAAAAAAAGCCAUAAGAUAAAGUGUGUGCCAACAGUACAGUAAGCUUCUUUUAUCCUCCAAACUUACUGCUAACUAAAGGCUCUUUUCACAUGGCAUGUCAAGUUAUAAUUUGGCUUAAAGACUAUCAUCUUUCCGACAAGCUCCUGCUCUAGAACUUUCACUUGAAAAGACUGGAAACAAAAAUGUGGCAAAAAGCUAAACUGGAA